UCCGUGCGUCCCAGUUUGUUUGUUUCGCUAAUGUGUGGUGUGUAGUGCUCCCCUGGCCCGUGGGGGGAUGUGGCCAAUAUCGCAACAUGUUGGCAGUUCGCCAUGCCAAGUACCUGGGUUCAUUCCCGGCGGCGGGCGGCGAGCACGCGGCGCGAGUCGAGACCGUCACACGGAGACUGCAUCUUAUGAAGCAGGAAAGUGGACACGCAGUGCCGGUUCUAGUGGUGGUCGCGCUUUCCGGGGUCAAGGUAUGCGACCCCGAAGAUCAGAGCGUGCGCAUGUCGCACGCGCUGCGGCGCAUCUCGUACGCGACGUGUGAGGCGGCGCGCGCGCUGUUCGCGUUCGUGGCGCGCGAGCCGCGCUCCGAGCCCGCGCACCAGUACUGCCACGCGUUCGAGACCGACUCGCCCGACCAGGCGGAGGAGUUAAACGCGCUGGUGGGAGAUGCGUUCCGCAUGGCGUUCGCCUCGCAACUGCAGCCCUCCGCUCCUCUAUGGAGUAAGGAGCUAAGCGGGGGUUCGUGCCCGCGCGCUCCGGACUCGCUGCCCGGCCUCAAUCACCACUAUCCUCAUUGUUUAGACAGUGUGGAGCGCGAGCGGCCGCCGCUGAUGAAGCGGCUGGCGCUGGGGCUGAGCGGCGCGCUGCUGCAGCCCUCCGACGACGACGCCACGCCGCUCGUCGCCGACACGCCCUGCACGCCGACGAACGCGGGUCUGUGCGUGUCGGGCGGCUACACCAACGAGGCCAGCGAGCGCGCCCGCCCGCCGCCGCUCCAACACAACGAGUUCGACACACGGCACAAACACCUCACUAACGGUCGGCCAUCUGGCGGCAGUGUAGCAGCAUCCUCAUCUUCAGGCGAGUCCUCGUGCGGGGCUUCACGAGAUUCACGGGACUCGCGGGAUUCAAGGGAUUCGCGGGACUCGGGGAACAAUAACUUGCGGCCGCUUGAACCAGAGCUCAAGAAUGCGCCCUGGUUCCAACAGGGUAUACCUAGAGAGAUCGCGCUGGAGGUGCUGUCGGCGGCGGCGCCGGGCGCGUUCCUGGUGCGCGGCAGCACCACGCAGGCGGGCUGCCUGGCGCUGUCGCUGCGCGUGCCGCCGCACUUCGCGCCCUCCGGCAUCGCGCACUACCUCAUCCUCGCCACGCCCAAGGGCUACAAGAUCAAGGUGCGCUGCAGUGCAAUGUUGCUGGUGCGCGGCAGCACCACGCAGGCGGGCUGCCUGGCGCUGUCGCUGCGCGUGCCGCCGCACUUCGCGCCCUCCGGCAUCGCGCACUACCUCAUCCUCGCCACGCCCAAGGGCUACAAGAUCAAGGUGCGCUGCAGUGCAAUGUUGCUGGUGCGCGGCAGCACCACGCAGGCGGGCUGCCUGGCGCUGUCGCUGCGCGUGCCGCCGCACUUCGCGCCCUCCGGCAUCGCGCACUACCUCAUCCUCGCCACGCCCAAGGGCUACAAGAUCAAGGUGCGCUGCAGUGCAAUGUUGCUGGUGCGCGGCAGCACCACGCAGGCGGGCUGCCUGGCGCUGUCGCUGCGCGUGCCGCCGCACUUCGCGCCCUCCGGCAUCGCGCACUACCUCAUCCUCGCCACGCCCAAGGGCUACAAGAUCAAGGUGCGCUGCAGUGCAAUGUUGCUGGUGCGCGGCAGCACCACGCAGGCGGGCUGCCUGGCGCUGUCGCUGCGCGUGCCGCCGCACUUCGCGCCCUCCGGCAUCGCGCACUACCUCAUCCUCGCCACGCCCAAGGGCUACAAGAUCAAGGUGCGCUGCAGUGCAAUGUUGCUGGUGCGCGGCAGCACCACGCAGGCGGGCUGCCUGGCGCUGUCGCUGCGCGUGCCGCCGCACUUCGCGCCCUCCGGCAUCGCGCACUACCUCAUCCUCGCCACGCCCAAGGGCUACAAGAUCAAGGUGCGCUGCAGUGCAAUGUUGCUGGUGCGCGGCAGCACCACGCAGGCGGGCUGCCUGGCGCUGUCGCUGCGCGUGCCGCCGCACUUCGCGCCCUCCGGCAUCGCGCACUACCUCAUCCUCGCCACGCCCAAGGGCUACAAGAUCAAGGUGCGCUGCAGUGCAAUGUUGCUGGUGCGCGGCAGCACCACGCAGGCGGGCUGCCUGGCGCUGUCGCUGCGCGUGCCGCCGCACUUCGCGCCCUCCGGCAUCGCGCACUACCUCAUCCUCGCCACGCCCAAGGGCUACAAGAUCAAGGUGCGCUGCAGUGCAAUGUUGCUGGUGCGCGGCAGCACCACGCAGGCGGGCUGCCUGGCGCUGUCGCUGCGCGUGCCGCCGCACUUCGCGCCCUCCGGCAUCGCGCACUACCUCAUCCUCGCCACGCCCAAGGGCUACAAGAUCAAGGUGCGCUGCAGUGCAAUGUUGCUGGUGCGCGGCAGCACCACGCAGGCGGGCUGCCUGGCGCUGUCGCUGCGCGUGCCGCCGCACUUCGCGCCCUCCGGCAUCGCGCACUACCUCAUCCUCGCCACGCCCAAGGGCUACAAGAUCAAGGUGCGCUGCAGUGCAAUGUUGCUGGUGCGCGGCAGCACCACGCAGGCGGGCUGCCUGGCGCUGUCGCUGCGCGUGCCGCCGCACUUCGCGCCCUCCGGCAUCGCGCACUACCUCAUCCUCGCCACGCCCAAGGGCUACAAGAUCAAGGUGCGCUGCAGUGCAAUGUUGCUGGUGCGCGGCAGCACCACGCAGGCGGGCUGCCUGGCGCUGUCGCUGCGCGUGCCGCCGCACUUCGCGCCCUCCGGCAUCGCGCACUACCUCAUCCUCGCCACGCCCAAGGGCUACAAGAUCAAGGUGCGCUGCAGUGCAAUGUUGCUGGUGCGCGGCAGCACCACGCAGGCGGGCUGCCUGGCGCUGUCGCUGCGCGUGCCGCCGCACUUCGCGCCCUCCGGCAUCGCGCACUACCUCAUCCUCGCCACGCCCAAGGGCUACAAGAUCAAGGUGCGCUGCAGUGCAAUGUUGCUGGUGCGCGGCAGCACCACGCAGGCGGGCUGCCUGGCGCUGUCGCUGCGCGUGCCGCCGCACUUCGCGCCCUCCGGCAUCGCGCACUACCUCAUCCUCGCCACGCCCAAGGGCUACAAGAUCAAGGUGCGCUGCAGUGCAAUGUUGCUGGUGCGCGGCAGCACCACGCAGGCGGGCUGCCUGGCGCUGUCGCUGCGCGUGCCGCCGCACUUCGCGCCCUCCGGCAUCGCGCACUACCUCAUCCUCGCCACGCCCAAGGGCUACAAGAUCAAGGUGCGCUGCAGUGCAAUGUUGCUGGUGCGCGGCAGCACCACGCAGGCGGGCUGCCUGGCGCUGUCGCUGCGCGUGCCGCCGCACUUCGCGCCCUCCGGCAUCGCGCACUACCUCAUCCUCGCCACGCCCAAGGGCUACAAGAUCAAGGUGCGCUGCAGUGCAAUGUUGCUGGUGCGCGGCAGCACCACGCAGGCGGGCUGCCUGGCGCUGUCGCUGCGCGUGCCGCCGCACUUCGCGCCCUCCGGCAUCGCGCACUACCUCAUCCUCGCCACGCCCAAGGGCUACAAGAUCAAGGUGCGCUGCAGUGCAAUGUUGCUGGUGCGCGGCAGCACCACGCAGGCGGGCUGCCUGGCGCUGUCGCUGCGCGUGCCGCCGCACUUCGCGCCCUCCGGCAUCGCGCACUACCUCAUCCUCGCCACGCCCAAGGGCUACAAGAUCAAGGUGCGCUGCAGUGCAAUGUUGCUGGUGCGCGGCAGCACCACGCAGGCGGGCUGCCUGGCGCUGUCGCUGCGCGUGCCGCCGCACUUCGCGCCCUCCGGCAUCGCGCACUACCUCAUCCUCGCCACGCCCAAGGGCUACAAGAUCAAGGUGCGCUGCAGUGCAAUGUUGCUGGUGCGCGGCAGCACCACGCAGGCGGGCUGCCUGGCGCUGUCGCUGCGCGUGCCGCCGCACUUCGCGCCCUCCGGCAUCGCGCACUACCUCAUCCUCGCCACGCCCAAGGGCUACAAGAUCAAGGUGCGCUGCAGUGCAAUGUUGCUGGUGCGCGGCAGCACCACGCAGGCGGGCUGCCUGGCGCUGUCGCUGCGCGUGCCGCCGCACUUCGCGCCCUCCGGCAUCGCGCACUACCUCAUCCUCGCCACGCCCAAGGGCUACAAGAUCAAGGUGCGCUGCAGUGCAAUGUUGCUGGUGCGCGGCAGCACCACGCAGGCGGGCUGCCUGGCGCUGUCGCUGCGCGUGCCGCCGCACUUCGCGCCCUCCGGCAUCGCGCACUACCUCAUCCUCGCCACGCCCAAGGGCUACAAGAUCAAGGUGCGCUGCAGUGCAAUGUUGCUGGUGCGCGGCAGCACCACGCAGGCGGGCUGCCUGGCGCUGUCGCUGCGCGUGCCGCCGCACUUCGCGCCCUCCGGCAUCGCGCACUACCUCAUCCUCGCCACGCCCAAGGGCUACAAGAUCAAGGUGCGCUGCAGUGCAAUGUUGCUGGUGCGCGGCAGCACCACGCAGGCGGGCUGCCUGGCGCUGUCGCUGCGCGUGCCGCCGCACUUCGCGCCCUCCGGCAUCGCGCACUACCUCAUCCUCGCCACGCCCAAGGGCUACAAGAUCAAGGUGCGCUGCAGUGCAAUGUUGCUGGUGCGCGGCAGCACCACGCAGGCGGGCUGCCUGGCGCUGUCGCUGCGCGUGCCGCCGCACUUCGCGCCCUCCGGCAUCGCGCACUACCUCAUCCUCGCCACGCCCAAGGGCUACAAGAUCAAGGUGCGCCACAGUGCAAUGUUGCUGGUGCGCGGCAGCACCACGCAGGCG